UUUCGAAUUUAAAAAAAAUUACAGACAAUCAUCCGACAUUGAAAUCUCUUCUCAUCAGACAUUGAAAUCUCUUCUGCUGAUAGAAAAUCUAGGGCCGAGACUCUAGGUUAUCAUUACUUGACCUCUCCCGUUCAGAUCUAUUGAACGGAAUGCACAUCGGCUGCACUGACUUUAACGAAAUAUUCAGUUCGAAAUUCAUGUUGUUUGCGGGCAGUCGAAACAUUUAAAAUGGGCAGAAUAACAUUUAACGGAGUUUUCUUACUGAUGGUCCUUCAAAUAUUCUUGGUGGCUACAACAACUGGAGAUGAAACGUGCGAAUCAGACCGAAAAAUGGAAGAACAGUGCCGGCUUCAUAACUACAAGACUGUUAAACCUUUGCUAGAUUACUUCAGGCAGGUUAGAAAUGAGUUAGAACAAAGUGAAACUAAGGAAAAGCAGAUUAGUGAAUUAAAUUCUGAUCUUAUGGAAAAAUAUCAUGAAAUUGUAAGAAUUCAUGAAACAUUCAUGAACGAGGCAGCUCUAUUAAAUGAGUAUAGAAACAAAGUAAUCAAAGGGGAAAACGAUUUGCAAUUGUGUCAAAAUAAAGUUGAUAAAUCUGAAUCUACUAUUCUUAAAUUAAAAGAACAACUAUCAGAUAAAUCCACCAACUUAGAUACUUUUCAAGUUCAAUUAAAAUCUGUUAAUUCUACAUUAAUUGAAAAAGAUGAAAAUAUAAAGAGAUUUAGUGAGAAUAUUAAAAAUAACAAAGAACAUCAGAAAACACUUGAGUUGAAAUUAGAGAAGAGUAAAUCUAUAUUAAUAAAGCAUGAAAAAGAUAUUCAGUUAUGUCGUUCAGAAAUCAACAAAUUAAAUACGACAUCAGAGAAUAUUAGAGAAGAACAGAAAAAGAUUCAAUUGAAAUUAAAAGAAAGUGAAACUAAGCUAAUCGAUAAAGUAAAAGAAAAUCAGUUAUGUCAAUCUGCACUUCAUAAAUUAAAUCCAACAACAUGCCCCCCUUUCGGAAAUUAUUCAGGAGUUCAUCAACUCAAUGUCUCUCGCAUAGGUUUAUUCAAUGUUUUGUGCGAUAGUCAGUUAGCUGGACCUGGAUGGAUUGUAAUACAACAACGAGUUGGGGGAAAUGAGAGUUUUGAUAGGGAUUGGGCAACGUAUCGCAAAGGUUUCGGUUCUUUUGAAAGUGAUUUCUUUCUUGGAUUAGAGAAAAUUCACCGUAUCACGAGCUUGCAGCGUUUUGAACUUUACAUAUAUUUGGUUGAAAAGAAUGAAAGUACCUACAACGCUCAUUAUGACGACUUCAAAAUAUCUGAUGAAGAUAAUGGAUAUGCACUGAGUUUGGGUAAAUUCAAUGGAACUAUUAGGGAUGGCAUGAGAUUGAAUGAAAACAUGAAAUUCACAACGUUCGAUCACGACAACGACAAAGCUCGUGGUAAUUGCGCAAUCAUUUAUGAAAGUGGAUGGUGGUAUAAGGAUGGUUUUUUUUCUAGGUAAAUAUUGCAAAUUUUUAUUUUCGAAGGAAUACACAUAAAUAUAGAUUUUUGUUGUUUCUU